AUGGCGGGAAAUAGUGCGAAGGUAGCAAAGCGAUCCUUGAAUGCGUGCACUCGGUGCCGCAGGCAAAAAAUUAAAUGCUCGGGCUCACAGCCGUGCGAUGGCUGCAAGAAGCGUAAGCUGACUUGCAUUUUCGAUGAUCGCGACCAAAAGGUUCUAGUCACCAAAGGGUACUUAGCAGAACUACAGAAGAAGCUAGCAAGUUUGCAGCAUCAUGAUCGGGGUCCUGUCCACUUCGGCCCUGGAUAUACCGAUGAGAGAUCACCUGCAUCAAAAGAACACAGCGACCUAGCAGAAGGGAUUCCAGAGCCUAUUCAUAAAUCCUCUCCCGUCGACCCAGGAGAUGAUUCUCAUCUACAUUAUGAGCUCGAAGACCCGGCAUCCGGCUUGACCAACCCAUUGUCGUCAGGACCUCCGGCCUUUAUGUCAACCGAAAAUGGGCGGACUUUCUAUUUAGGCACCUCGUCGAACUGGUCGUUCACCCGCCGCAUCCUGAGUCUAACCCAUGAACACAUCUACCAAGAGCCCCUCCCCACAGGUGCUCUACUAUUCGAUGGCACAGCAUACGACCUUGGCUGGGAUGGACUUCGAGGAACCCAGGGACCGGAUGGUGUAUCGGUGCCCACUCACGACCAUGCUAUGUACCUCAUCAACACCGUGAAAUUUCGCUGCGGGCAGCUGUAUCACCUUUUUGAAGAGUCUGCUUUCAUGGGGGGCUUAGCAGAGUUCUACGCCCAGCCUGAGCCUCAGCUAAAGGCGACCGAGAGCCUAUGGUACAUUCACUUUCUAUUAAUGCUGGCUUUUGCCAAGGGGUUUGUGCAGCAUAAGCCUCAAGGGAACCGGCCGCCAGGUGCCGACUUCUUUGUCAAGGCCCUUGGCCUCUUACCCGAUAUCACCGUCCUCCACCAGGAACCGAUUGAGUCGUGCGAGAUAUUAUGCUGUAUCGCCCUCUACUUGCAUGCUAUCGAUUGCAGAUCAUCUGCUCAUGUUUAUAUCGGGUCAGCCAUGAGGAUGGCAAUGGCGGAGGGAAUGCAUACCCAAAUGCCGGUCGAGUACCUUGGAGAGGCUAUGGUGCAGAGGUGUCGCAAGAUCUGGUGGACAGUAUACACCCUGGAUCGGGAGAUGACUUCCUUAAUGGGGCUUCCUCAGUCUAUCAACGACGACCAUGCCAACACCCUGUUGCCCUCAUUCAUCGGAUCAGUGCAGCGGACAGCUGCAAUCAACAUGCAUAUCAAACUAUCACGAAUCAUUGCAGAAAUUAGCAGCACUGUCUACGCUAUCGAUGGACGCCUCAAGCGAAACUUCCUUUUAAGUACGAAAUCGGCUCUGGCAGGCAUUGCGUGCCAAUCCGACGACCUCCACCAGGCAUUUCCUUUACAUCUUGACUCAGCAAACAGUGGCGUUUCAAGAACGGCGGCAUACCUUCAUCUUCAGUAUCACCAGUGCAUCGUUCUGGCAACCCGCCCGCUACUCUUUUGUUUCCUGAAAAUCCGCUUCGAAACCCCGGCAAACUGCAUCGAUGCCAUUAAACCGUCCAGAAACGUGCGCAACUUGAUUCAGAUGUGCAUGGAUUCUUCAGUCCAGAUGAUCAAUAUUUUAAACAGCCUUCAACCCGAGGGCCUCUUAGAAACCUUCCUCCCCUUCGACCUCGACUCCCUCUUCGUAUCAACAGUCGUCCUUCUCCUAGGCCCCGCAAUCGACACACGCUGGGCAUACCCCAUAUGGCUUGAAAAAGCCUACGCAAUAUUCGAAGAAAUGAUCGAACACGGGAAUCGAAUCGCCAAGUUCAGAAGAUCAGAGCUCCAGCUUCUGGAUGAAUUGCUAAGUUGCUUGUCCGAACAACCCCCACACUGCCUUUCUGCGCCGGUUUCCCUCCCCUCAUUCCCGAACGAGGUCUUGAAUCCUCCGACUUCCACUCAACUUGCAGGUUCCUUUCCACCCGCAUUGCAAAGCCUCCCACAGGAUGUCCUACCUGAUCCCGGUCCCCCAAUGGACGACGAUGGGAGUUUAACUGGGCUCACUGCUGCCCAGAUCAUGGCGGUGGCAGAGUCGAUUGAGAGCAUCGACACGGAGUGGAUGUCAAAUGCAAUGAUCGAACAUAGCAUCUGGUAA